GAUGACGCGACGCCCCUUUCCGUGACCCAUUCUCGUGAUCUUGACCGUCGAGGCGGCAAGGGAAGCGUAUUCGUGCCCUGCUGACUGCGACCGUCGCUCCCAGGUCUCCGAUGAAGCGCCGACUGUCACUCGUCAUGUGCUGCCUUUCGGCGUGCGUCGCUGCAGCCAAAAGCGAGCUGGAGAUCGGCAGUGGCUACAACCCGGGCGUGCAGGAGCUGAGGAGGCGUUUUCUGCGCGAAAGCGGAUACGACGCCUCAUCGCGACCCGCAAACGACUCCGCCGAGCCGACGGUCGUCCGCGUGGUCAUCCCCCUCUCCGAGGUCAACUACGUCGCACUAGUGGACGAGUGGUUCACGGUUGCUCUUUACUUCUGCAAGUUUUGGAAGGAACCUCGCUUCUCUUGGGACCCGAAGGAUUACGGCGGGAGUCAUCGUUUUUCCGGAACCACGAAGGAGAUAUGGUGGCCGCGCGUCGAAGUCGUCAAUGCAAAGCGUCAAGACAUCGACCUGCUUCAGCAGUCGGUCAGUGUCUACAGCGACGGCAACACGUGGUCCUGUGACGCUCUCAAGGUGAAGACGCCGUGCAGCGUCGACCUCAGUGAUUUUCCGAACGACAGACAGACUUGCAGCGUUCGCGCGGGCUCUAGCGCCUACAGUGACAGCGAGGUCAAGAUGACCGGGUACGCCGCCUGGGGUGAGCCCCACAUGAACGCCAGCACGGAGUGGGUCCUCGAGCACAUAUCCUUCGAGAACCACACGGAGACGAACAGGUGCUUCGAUAACGUCGACGUCACCUAUGGUUGCGAAAAGUCCUUCGCGGACGUGGUCUUCCACCUGCGGAGGUCGGCCCGCCGCCACCGCUACACCUUCACCGUGCCUGGAAUCUCGUCGGCGCUGGUGGUGCUCGCCUCCUUCUGGAUGCCUCCGAACUCGGACCGGAGGCUGACGCUCGCCUGCCUGAAUCUCUUCUUCCUCGCCACUAUUUUCAACAGGGUGUCCAGGCUGACGGCGGCUUCCGUAUCAGUUCCUAAAAUGCUUUUGUUCCUUGGGUUACUAACCCUCGUCGAGUUGUUCACCGCGGCUGGGAGCAUACUCAUCAUCAGGUCGUCGCACUCCAAUUCCCGCAUCCGGGUACCAGAUACCUUGCACCGUUUCGUCAGUGGCUCAUUCGCGAAAUUUUUGUGUCUAAACCGGAGCGAGCCAACCACCAUCACUGCCAAGUCUUGCGAGCAUCAGGAGGACGCGACGUUCGAUGAGUCACUAGAGAGGAAAAGGCGAUGGCUCAUCUUGGCUCAAGCCGUGGACCGUGUCUGUUUCGUCAUCUUCGGAUUCGCUGCGUUGGGCUUCCUUUUAUGACUCCCGUGUUUAUAAAUUCAAGGAAAGCGGCACAAAAAAGAAUUCUGUGAUACGAUUACAGUCGUCCUGGCAGACAUUGGUUUGGAAGUCAUAGCUAUUUUCCUUCACCAAUAAAGGAAGAAAUGGGAUCAAAUGGGAUCAAAUGGGAUCAAAUGGGAUCAAAGCUAUUAGCAGUGGAACGAAAUCACUAGGAUUAAAAAGUGACUGUGGGGAUCAAAGGUUCUUAAGCAACUCACCGGUCAUGAGACGCGACGUACAACUAAACAACUUGUUGGGAUUUAGUGUCCUGAAACACCAGAGGGAAUUAGAUGGCUCCGUACUAACUUUGAAUACCUGGGCCUCUGCAAGGUGCACCCAACGCCCGGUGUACACGAGGCUGCUUUUCACUCCGACUCGACCGAGAUUCGGCCGCCACAUUCGGGACUCGAACCCGCAACCUCGCGCUAAGCAAGCGCCGCCAUUGGUUGCGCCAGUUAGUGGACGAAAUAUGUCAUUUACGUGUGUGCGAACAUCACUUCAUAGAUAUUAGCGCAUUUCUCUCGUAAACAUACUCGAGAAUUUAAGCACCCCUUUCCCCUCUUUCCUGCUUUAUUCGAGACAACGGCUUUAAUUGCACAACGUUACCAUCGGUUGCCUUUAUUUUCUUUCUUUGUUUAUUCAGGCAACGACCGAAAAAAGAUAUAACAUUCAUGUUCUCUAGAAGGCUGACAGGAAGGCAAAAAUGCCUCGGAGUGUAUGACAUUGACAAAUGCUUUCAUUGUACAAGCGGAAACUAUCAUACACGCGAAUUAAGAGCCACCAUAAAACUGCGUGCUUCAAUAUUUCCCUCCACCGACUUCAGGGAUCUCUCCAGCAUGUAUGCAAUAUGUCUCAUUGGUUCUUGCGAAGUAUCACCUUUAUACGUCUUAUCGCCUGCCUUCGGCGACCGUUUGAAUGUCACCAUAAGAGCUGCUCCACAAAAGUGGAUGAGUCAUUAACACAUGACGCCUUCCAAAGAGUGUGCACGUGCGCGCGUGGCAAGUGCAAGAUUGUAAACUUUCGACAAACAACCCGCUCGGAACAAUCCAGACACGGUAUGUAGACCAGCGUAAAUAAACAAUAUAGGACCAAAGGCCCCUCAACUAUGCAGAAUGCAGUAAGAUAUGCUGACCGCUGGACCCUCUCCUCUGUACAUGUGUACAUGUAACCUUACCUGUUCUGAUGCAAAAUACAAAAAACGCCACAUAGCGACACACAGAGCCUUGUAGGACGCCAAAUGUAACUUGAGCCGUAGUUGUCACGGUCAUCCUAGAAAUUUCCAGCGAUUAAAUUGAGAAAAACUCACACAAUAAAUUUUUCUCACACUAAUCGUUGUUUCUUCUUUCACCUCUUAUUCCCUUUACCCCUUUCGCCGGCACAUGAAAGCCAACCAGUACUCACAUUUGCUAACCUUCCUGUCUAUCCUUCCCUUUUGUCUCUCUCUCUCCAGCGACUAGGUCAGAAAAACAAACCGCUUAGAAGAGAGAUUUCUUGGCGACAUCUGCCAGUAGGCUGUCGCCAUACCUUACGCAGUAUAUUCCAUAGGGUUUACUUUGUAUGUCGGUAUACUUAAUACUUGUAUUAAUGCUUUAUACAUUACUUAAAGUGAGGCGCCUGAUAUACCAAAACUGCACAGUAGGUUAUGAAGCACGCCGUAGUAGAAAGCUCCGGAGUAACUUUAACCACCAUGGUUUCUUUAUCGAGCCCCCCAUUCAUGGUACACGAGUGUUUUUGCAUUCCGGCCCCAUUCUAAUUCGGCUGCUCUGGCAGUAAUCGAACCCACGAUCUCGAGCUCGGCAAACCAACGCCAAGGCCACUUAGCUACCGCCGCGGGUCAUACGGUCAAUAGCGUAAGCCGACAUGACGGCAAACAAUUUUGCUUGAAGUAUGGAGACAGUCCACAGACUAUCUGAAUCCAUCUUUAUCAA